AUGAUUUCAAAUACAAAUAAUCUUUUAGCAAUACCAGCUAAAAAAUCUUUUGAUGUUAAUCUUUCAAUACCAAUAAAAAAUUUUAUUAAAGCAACAUUUGGUGAUAAAGAAGAUUAUUCAGCAUCAGUUGAUGGUUUUAAUUCGCUUCGUGCUGAAGCAUUACUACGCAGUAAUUAUAAAGAUGAUUGUUCAAAAUUACUUAGAUAUUAUGAUCAAUUAAAUGCAAUUGAACAUAAAUUGCCAAUAACAGAAAAUCAAAUACGUAUAUAUUUUAAAUGGCAAGAUGCAUUUGUUAGUGGUGGAAGUUUAUUUGGUAGUAAACAAAAAACAAAUGGUUCAUGGAAAUUAUCAUAUGAAAAAGCAUGUGUUCUUUUUAAUAUUGGACAUGCAUAUAGUGAAUUAGCAUUAGCACAAAAUUUAUCUAUAGAUGAACAAAUGAAAAUAGCAUUAAGAUAUUUUCAAUUAUCAUCGGGUGUUUUUUCAUUUUUAAAAGAUUAUGUUAAUGCUAAUUCAUUAUCAGAUUUAUCGGUUGAUUUUGAACCAGCUGUAUUAGCAAGUAUUUCAUGGUUAAUGUUAGCUCAAGCAGCAGAACUUAUUUAUAUGAAAUCAGCUAGUUUUAAAGAUGAAGUUGCAGCUAAAGUUGCGGCACAUGCUGCUGAUUGUUACAAGGAAGCAUAUACGUCAGCUAAAACUGAAAGUGCAAAAAAAAUAAUUCCAGAGCGUGGAAAAGAUUUUGCUGAUCAAGCAGUUAGUAAAUGUACGAUAGCUGCUUUUACACCAACACUUCGUGCUAAUCAAGAUGAAAUAGCUAAAGCAGCCGCAGCUGCACGUAAAGAUAAUGAUUUUGUUUAUCAUGAACGAUUACCAGAUCCGAAAACACUUGAAACUAUUUUGGCUCAACCAAUAGCUAAACCAUUACCAGUUACAUUUCCAAUAAUGCCUGAUUUCAAAGAUCUAUUUGCUUCACUGGUUCCAAUAGCAUUAAAUAAUGCAUUCGCAGCAUUUAGUGCAAAACGAGCAGAAAUCAUGAAUAUAGAAGUUAAUCGUCUUCGAGAAGCAACUAAUGUUCUCAAUGCUUUUUUGGCUUCAAUGAAUUUACCAGCUGCCAUUGAAGAUAGUGGUGGUCGUCAAGUUCCACCAUCAGUUAGUGAAAAAUCCAAUGAAAUUAAACGACAAGGCGGUAUUAGUACAUUAGAUCAAAUGAUUAGUGAUCUACCGGAAUCAUUACAACGCAAUAAAGAAAUUCUGGAUGAAACAAUUCGUAUGUUAGAUGAUGAAGAACGAGGUGAUACAGAAUUACGUAGUCAAUUUAAAGAACGUUGGACUCGUACUGUAUCAUCAAAACUAACAGCUCCAUUACGUGAAGAAGCUAAAAAAUAUAUGGAUCUUAUACAAAAUGCAAUUAAUGCAGAUAAAGUUGUUCAAGAAAAAUAUCGAAUGAAUCGAGAUGCUAUUGUUUUACUUAGUAAACAAACGCAUGAAAUAGCUGAUGAACUUCCAUCGGCAACAGCUGCUGGAGCAUUACGUGAUUCUUUUGUUGUACGUGAAUUACAUCGUUUAAUGGAUAGUGUUGCAGCAAUAAAAGCUGAACGUGAAGUAAUUGAAUCUGAAUUAAAACAUACAGAUUCUGAUGGUGUUCGUGCUCAUUUGAUUGCUGCAUUUCAACAAGGAAAUCAUAAUGAUGAAAAUAGUGUUGUUGUUAAUGAAAUUGAAUCACUUUAUACUCCAUUACGACAACAAGUUAGUGAAAGUCUAUCAAAACAAGAGCAAUUAGUUGAAAAUAUUCGUCGUGCAAAUCAACAAUUUCAAAGCGAAAAACAAGGAAAUGAAUCAUCAGAAAUGCGUGAAGAAAUGUUAAAAAAUUUAGCUCGAGCUUAUGAUGCUUAUCAAGAAUUAUUAAAUAAUUUAAAAGAAGGAACUAAAUUCUAUAAUGAUCUGACACCAUUAUUACUUAAAUUUCAAAAUAAAGUAUCAGAUUUUGUAUUUGCUCGUAAAACAGAAAAAGAAGAUUUAAUGAAAGAUAUUCAACGAGGAAUAGUUGGUGGAAAUCCUGUACCAGCAACAACACAACAAAGUGCAAAUAAUUCAUAUGCAUCAAGUGCUGCUCCGGCACAUCCACCAUUGCAACACCCAUCAGCUCCAUCAACUGGUGGGCCACCACCAACAACAACACCUGACGGUUCUGCUCUACCAUAUCCAAAUCCAUAUAUGCAACCAUUUUUUCCAAUGCCACCGGGUUAUAAUCCAUAUAAUCCAUUUCUUAAUAUGACAACACCAGCAUAUCCAAUGGGUGGAGCUCCACAAUAUCCACAGCAAGGUUAUGGUGUUGAGAAACCUCAACCAGGUGGUAAAAAGAAAUGA